GCCGCUCCGUCCGACCGCCUCCCGACCCCGCGCCCGCAGCUCCUCGCACUCCGCCCGCAGCUCCUCGCCUAGCUGACCUCCGCCCGAGAUCCCCUUGCUGCCCACGAGCUCCUCCGCCCGCGAUCCAGCGCCCCCGCCCUCGAGUUCCUCCGCCCGGGAACCACUGCCCCGAGUUCCUCCGCCCGGGAUUCCGCGCGAGAAGAGGAGGAGAGCACGGCGGCGGCUUCCCGGAGACCUCCGCCCGGGGUCCCACGCCGCCCCACUCAUCCCCUCGUUGGCUGUCGCCACCGCCGCAGCCGGCUGCAUCCUCAGGCUUCAUCACCUGGAUCCCGUGCUGUUCCCGUGCGCACCGUCCUGCUCCAGCUGCUCUUACAAUCCGUCGCCUCCCCUCGCCGCACGCCGACGCCGCAGCUUUCCCGGCCACCGCUGCCCGCGUCGAGUCGUCAACAGCUUCUCUACCAACCGUAUACUCCAUCGAGACCGCAGGUUGUGGGGAGUCGGGGCUGCCUCAGCCCUUCUCCUACCCCCACUCUCUGCUCGAGAUCCCCAUCUGGCCAUACGGGCCUGCGUGGCUGUGCUUCUCCAUUCUUGGGGUAUCUGCCCCUGAUCUCAGCACGCUCUGAUGGCUGGGCUGGAGGAGCUGAAGAAGAAGCUGCAACCCUUGCUGUUCGAUGACCCGGACAGAGGUGGUGUCAGUACCAGGGUGCCCCUUCCGGAAGAUACUUGCAAUUCCUACGUAGUUUCUGAUGGUGGAACUGUUAAUUUACUUAGUAGAUCCUUGGGUGAGUAUAACAUCAAUGAGCAUGGCUUUCAUAAACGAAGUUCUGGGCCAGAUGAGUUGGAUUCUGAUGAGAAGGCAUACCGUUGCGCCUCUCAUGAGAUGCACAUAUUUGGUCCCAUUGGUAAUGGUGCAAGUAGUGUUGUGGAGAGAGCUAUAUUUAUUCCAGUUCAUCGAAUUUUGGCCUUGAAGAAGAUAAACAUAUUCGAGAAGGAGAAGAGGCAACAAAUUCUGAAUGAGAUGAGAACAUUAUGUGAACCGUGUUGUUAUCCUGGUUUAGUUGAGUUCCAGGGAGCAUUUUACAUGCCUGAUUCUGGAGAAAUAAGCAUUGCUCUUGAAUACAUGGAUGGUGGUUCCUUGGCAGAUGUUAUAAGGGUCAAGAAAUCUAUACCAGAACCAGUUCUUUCACAUAUGCUACAGAAAGUAUUGCUUGGUCUGCGAUACUUGCAUGAAGUAAGGCAUCUAGUGCAUAGAGAUAUAAAGCCAGCAAAUUUGCUGGUAAAUCUUAAGGGUGAGGCGAAGAUUACAGACUUUGGUGUGAGUGCUGGUUUGGACAACACAAUGGCUAUGUGCGCUACCUUUGUAGGCACGGUCACAUAUAUGUCACCUGAGAGAAUUCGUAAUGAGAACUAUUCUUAUGCUGCUGAUAUUUGGAGUCUUGGACUAACAAUAUUGGAAUGUGCUACUGGAAAAUUCCCAUAUGACGUAAAUGAAGGCCCAGCCAAUCUCAUGCUGCAGAUACUGGAUGAUCCAUCACCAACUCCACCACAAGAUGCUUAUUCAUCAGAGUUCUGCUCGUUCGUCAAUGAUUGCUUGCAGAAAGAUGCUGAUGCAAGGCCCACAUGUGAGCAGCUUUUGUCACACCCAUUCAUCAAGAGGUACCUGAAAACCGAUGUGGACUUGGCAGCAUAUGUCAAAAGUGUUGUUGAUCCAACAGAAAGAUUAAAGCAAAUAGCUGAGAUGCUUGCUAUACAUUACUACCUCCUGUUUAAUGGAUCUGAUGGGAUUUGGCAUCAUAUGAAGACAUUCUACAUGGAACAAUCUACUUUCAGUUUCUCAGGGAAGGUGUAUGUUGGCCAAAAUGACAUUUUUGAUAGUUUGUCAAAUAUAAGGAAGAAGCUAAAGGGUGACAGGCCUCGAGAGAAAAUUGUCCAUGUCGUGGAGAAGCUACAUUGCCGUGCAAACGGUGACAGUGGAGUUGCAAUUCGUGUAUCCGGAUCAUUUAUUGUAGGAAACCAGGUUCUUGUAUGUGGUGACGGGGUAAAAGCUGAAGGGAUGCCCAGCUUGGAUGAGCUCUCUAUUGACAUUCCAAGCAAACGUGUAGGCCAGUUCAGAGAGCAGUUUAUCAUGCAACCAGGGAAUUUAAUGUCAUGCUAUUACAUAUCAAAGCAAGAUCUGUACAUCAUCCAAUCCUGAAUGAAUAUAUAUAACUUGAUGUUCCAUUUGAGUAAUUGCUGAAACUUGAUCAUUGCAUCUUCUAGUGUUCCGUCUUGGCUCCUAUUUGGUAUUUGUGGUGCCAUAGAGACCUCCUUCGUCACAACUAAGGGACUGAUGAAUCUUGUUAGAUGAAGGCUAGAGGAUGGUGUCCAGUCAGGACGCAAACUUUCGGGUGCUUCAGACCAUCCUGCAGUCCGUUGCUGUAAUUAUUUUAUUUUCCUUGGUGGGAGUAAAUUAAUUUGUAACGCAGUACAUCUCUGAUUGUUGUAUUUAACGAGAACAAAACACCUUGUCAUGGUUGGAUGGCAGGCGCUUAAUAUUGUGUAUAAGCGGUUGA